AGCGCGGUGCAGCCAGCGACGAGUAAAAGAUGUUCAUAUUGAGGUAAAAUAUCCAGACAUACACGUAAUGCUGAUGAAGUUGGAUGGAAUAAAUCGUCUCGGACUGAAUCGGUAAGAUUUUACUCAGCGCGCUCAUACAUGGAAAGCGUUACUUUUUCCCCUGGACAAAGCCUGCGAUGUGAACGACAGCGAACACUUCCCUGAAACCGGACUCCUCUGUUAAUAAAGGGAACAGAAAAGUCUCGACGUCGCGUUAAAAGGUUCUUUUGCUCCGAAAUUAUUUUUAUAGCUUAGAUCAGCCGAAAAACUCUCCCUUCACCUUCCUCAACCUGCCACCUUGGCUUCUUCUCCCUAUAGCCUCCUGUUAUAGAGGACUGCAGGCGUUGUGAUUUCCCUGUAACUGUACAUGUGAGACAUGGAGCAUCUGGAGUGUCCCAUAUGUCUGUUUGUCCUGUGUGAACCAGUGACAAUAAGUUGCGGUCACUCGUUCUGCCGCCGGUGCAUUAUGGGAGUCUGUGUGCCGUCCAGAUGCCCAGCGUGCAUGGAGAGGCUGAAGCAGAGGGACACGAGAAACAUAAAAAACAACGUUUUGCUUUUCUGUAUAAUUGAGAAGUAUUGUCCCGAGGAAACCAAGACGAAAUGUGAAAUACAAGAGAGACUGAGGGCUCGAGACUUUACUAAAGCACUACGUAUGGCUGAAGACGGGUUAGAGACAGCUCCUGAUGAUAUGAGUCUGAAAGCAUGGAGGGCAGAGGCCAACAUGGGGCUCAGACGCUUUUCCGAAGCUCUUUGUGACCUGGAAGAUUUGUGCUGUGCCAGGCCCAACUGGGCUGAGGCUUUCUUCCAAAAAGGAAAUGUGCUGCUGGAGAUGGGAAGACUAACUGAAGCUCUCAUGCAGUUCCAUCAUUGUCUAAAACAACAGCCUGAAUUUGCUGCUGCUAAGAACCAGAUCAGGAAGAUCUUGGAAAUGGAAGGUAUGGCCACACCAGAGGAGGUGCCCCAAAUCCUGCAAAUUGCGGACGACUAUCUUAGAGACUGCAGUUCUCAAACUAAUACUUUAGGUUCUCCAUCCACUGACGACCUGAAGUUACCUCUGAACCAACUGGAUAUGACGUUUAACUGUGAGCAGCAGGCAUCUCAGGUCAAGUACAACGCCAGUUCUCAAAACUGCUUAAGCACGUGCCAGGCUGUGUCGAUUCUUUCGACAGCCCAGGAGACUGAUGAGAUGAUGGUAAAGAAGGAUAUGCAGAUGAGAGUGGACAAAGAGAUGUCCCCUCUGACUGUGUCAGAUUUUGAGUGCCCCCUCUGCAUCAGGCUAUUCUAUGAUCCAGUCACAACACCAUGUGGCCACACAUUCUGCAAGAACUGUAUUGAGAGAAGUCUUGACCAUAAUCUCCGCUGUCCACUCUGUAAACAAGCACUGCAGGAAUAUUUUAAAAACAGGAAGUACAACCCCACGGUUCUGCUGCAGGAAAUUAUGACCCACCUCUUCCCCCAGCAGCUGGCUGAGAGAAAACAAGUGCAUGAUGCUGAGAUGGCUGAGCUUUCAAAUUUGACCAAUGACAUCCCGAUCUUUGUGUGUACUGUGGCCUAUCCUGGUAUCCCAUGCCCAUUGCAUGUUUUUGAGCCACGGUACAGACUGAUGAUGCGUCGAUGUAUAGAGACUGGCACUAAGAAAUUUGGCAUGUGCAGCUAUGAGCAUGGCAAAGGGUUUGCAGAUUAUGGCUGCAUGCUGGAGAUUUUGGACCAGAAUGUGCUCCCUGAUGGCCGCUCUUAUGUAGAAACACGAGGAGGAAGCCGAUUCCGUGUGCUCCGGAGAGGCCAGCGGGAUGGCUAUCACACAGCUGACAUUGAGUACCUGCAAGACCAUAAGGCAUAUGAUGCUGAGCUUGAAAUGCUGCAACGCCUCCAUGACAGUGUGUAUCAGCAGGCCAGGGAGUGGUACCAACGGCUUAACAGCCGCAUCCGGGAGCAGAUCAUCCAGCAGUAUGGAGACAUGCCCGAAAGAGAAGAUAACAUUCAGGCGUCCGCUGAUGGUCCGGCCUGGUGCUGGUGGCUCUUAUCUGUGCUCCAGUUAGAUCCAGCCUACCAGACUACAGUUCUGUCCCUUACCUCGCUCAAGGAUCGAUUAGGACAUUUGCGUAUUGUAUUAGAAUACUUUUCUCAGAGAUAGACACACACCCACACAUUCACACACACACACACACACACACACACACACACACACACACACACACACACACACACACACACACACAGCACAGUGGGCUUUUCAUUGUAAGGACCUUCCAUUUACAUAAUCUUUGACACAGUUGAUUAAUGCCAAGCCUACACCUAACUCUUAACUUUAACUUCGGUAACCCAAAGAAAAUGAUUUUUUUUUUUUUAGCUUUAUAAAUUAUCGCUGCAGUCAGUUUAUUUGAUGUCCAACAAAAUAUAUGAAGACACACACACCAUGCACAAACAUACACAGACACCACCGUUGUGUCCUUCUUACGCUGCCUUAGAAGAAGAGUAAUUUUUUUUGCUGUACUUGUGACCAGACUCAGAAUCCACUUUAUUGGGAACACCUGUACACCUGCUCAAAUAUGCAGUUAUCCAAUCUGUGGCAGCAGCAAAAUACAAAAAAUGCAUGCAAAUAUAAGUCAAGAGCUUUAGUUAGCAUUAAUGUCAAACAUCAGAAAGUGUCCCAUUUUUGGGACUUUGUUAUCGUGGCCUGUUUGCUAGUCCUAGAGGAGUGGGAUGUGUUUGUUGAUCUCUUGGGAUUUACACACAACAGUAUCUAGCGUUAUACAGGAUGGAGCAAAAAAAUAAAAACAACCUGUGAGCUUGUUGAUGAGACAGAUCAGAGGACAGCUGACAGGAUGGUGUAUAUGUUGUAGCCCACCCACCUCACAGUUUGAUGUUUUGUGCAUGCAGAGAUACUUUCAUUGUGAUCAAGUUACUAUACCCGUCCUGGCAGUUUGAUCCAGUCUGGCCAUUUUCCUUCAAUUUCUUAUUUAGCCACAGAACUGUCAUAAGGUGAAAAUUAUAUCUUUUUCUUUAAUUUUUUGUGUAAACCUUCGGAGAGAGAUUUCCAGGAGAUUAGCAGUUUAUAAAAUACUCAAACCCGCCUGUCUGGUACCAACACCUAAAAGAUUUUUUUAAUUAUUAUGAUUUUUGAUGUACAAUAUGAUGAGUACAUUGAUGAGACCUGCACCUGCAUGAUGUAUGGAAUGUCCCACAUGUGUACAUGAUUGGCUGAUUAUAUAACCGCAUGGAUGUGCAGAUGUACAGGUCUUUCCAAUAAAGUGGCUGUUGUUGUAGAAACAGCAGAUAAUUUUAGGUGUGUAGUCUUAAAUGUCUAAAACUUUACAAUGAACUAAUUUACACUGUGUGAAUACCUUCAGGAAUAUGAUAAAAAAAAAAUUGUACAUACAUCUAUCAUUGUAGUAGUCCUGAACUAAAUAUAUGAUGGCCUUUGCAAAAUAAUGUAUUACCUGUUGUAGUUUACACUAAGAAUGCAUUCUUGUGUGUUUCGUGAUAGUACAAUUCUUACUAGAAUGGAACUGUCAAAAAAUGUACGAUUUGUGAAGUUUUUAUGCCGCUGAAUAACGCUGAGUAAGGUUGUGUGUCACGAGCAUGCUGAAUCUAUUGUGCCAUUUUAGAGCUAGAAGAGCUUCAAAUCUUUACCUACAAGUCAAGCGUUGAUUUGAAUUAUUUUUUUGAAAGGAAAUGGUUAUAAGGAAUUUAUAUAAUUUUGAACAGUUAUUUCUUUUCCUUGUUUAGGCUUUGGAUUAUUUUUAGAAUUUAUUUAGUUUUUUCAGUUAUGCUUGUAAUGAAAAGACAAAAGUCGCUGAUUUUUUUUUCACUUAUUUUGUUAAAUAUUCAUGAGUCACUCUCUCUCUGGUUUUCUUAGCAUCAUGUUGAAAGGGAUUUAUAUUUGGGUUUAAAAUCUGGUUGUGUAUAACGCACACUUAUAAACAGCUGUUACUUUUUAAAUGAUUAAGCAUUAUUGUUUCAAACUAUUAUACAUACUUUAGACUGGCUUUCUCCAGGAACCCAGGUAGUUCCAAAGGCAUUUGUUAUUAUUUUUAUUAUUAUUAUUAUUAUUAUUAUUAUUAUUUUCCCCCUACCAUGUUAAAAAAAUAUAUCAUUAUGGUAUAUGGUAAAGGGACAAUAAAUUGGGUAUUUGGGAUGUAAAAUCAAGCAAUAUUUGAAUUUUGCACCUGCCAGCAAAAAGGGUUUUGACUUUAUGUCUCUCCUAAAGGGAUUUAUAAAUUCUGUUUAUAUAUAUAUAUGGUCAAACAAG